UCUCUUUACAAGGAUGACUGAUUACGAUCAAAGAAAAUACGAUAUUGUGGUGUUUGGUGCUACUGGAUUUACAGGUGCAUUAACUUGUGAAUAUUUAGCAGAAAUUAAAGACAAAGAUCUUUCAUGGGCUCUUGCAGGUCGCACUUUAAGUAAACUCGAAAAAACUCGCGACCGUCUUGUUGAACUCGACCCUUCAUUGAAGUCUUUGAAUCUUCUGAUUGCAGACACAAAUCAACCAGAGACAUUAGACGAAGCUUUAUCUCAAACACGCGUUGUCAUUAGUACUGUAGGACCUUAUACAAAGUAUGGUACACCACUUGUCGAAGCCUGUCUUCGUCAAAAGACACAUUAUGUGGAUUUGACAGGUGAAUAUGGAUGGACUAAAUACAUUAUUGAACAACACGACAAGGAAGCAAAAGAAAAGCAUGUCAUGAUUGUACCUUCUUGUGGAUUUGAUUCUGUACCAAGUGAUAUGGGUGUCUAUAUGCUUUCAGAACAUAUGAAAAACAAGCAUCAUCUGGACCUUGCCUCGGUCAAGAUGUCCCUUAUAAAAGCAGUAGGUGGCUAUUCAGGUGGCACCGUUCAAUCCCUGAUGGAAGCUGCUACUGACAGGUCCUUGACCUAUCAAGAUCAUGUUGACCCUUAUUUCUUGGCCACACGUCGAGGUGUCGAUAAGUUCCAAUUACCUCCUUUUAAGCGGGAUCAUGAUUUUGGUAACCGAUGGCAAGGAUUCUUCGUGAUGUCUGUGGUCAAUGAAAGAGUAGUCAGACGCAGUUGGUCUAUCUGGGCUGACCGUGGCAAGAGUUAUGGCAAUUUGUUUAGUUACAGAGAAUACAUGUCAUUCCCUUUUGUGCCUGGAUUGGUGUUCACAGCACUUUUGUAUGCUGUUGUACCCUUGUUUAGUUUGAUGUUUAGAGUCUUUCCUUCUUCGGUGGAUAAGGUCAAGUCUCUUUUGCCUGGAUCAGGUGCCGGUCCUGAUGCAGAACAAAGAGCCAAAGGUGAAUUUACCAUUGAAUUUGUGGCUACAGCUGAAAAUGAGCCUUAUGAUGAACCUGUUCGUGCGAGAGGCACUGUCAAGGGCUUCAGAGAUCCUGGUUAUGGUGAUACCUGUCGUAUGAUUGCUGAAUCUGCUUUGUGUAUUGUCAAGAGCUUAAGAGAACUUCCUGGAAAAGAAGGUGGUAUCUUGACACCUUCCACUGCCUUUGGUCAAGUCUUGAUUGACCGUUUAACUCAACAUGGAGGCAUGGUUUUUGAUGUCAAAGAUAUAUAAUAAUAAU